UCUAUGUUACUGAGGAUCAUUCGAUCACCAAUUCGUGCCAGCUGAAAGAAACCUCAGGGGCGGAAAUUGUUUAAUGGAAAGGACCAUUAAGCAGGUACCACAAAAUGCUCUACGAAUUCAUGUUCGUGCUCCUGACACAACAAGUCCCACUCGCCAAGGUGCAGGAGAAAGACGUGCAUGGCGAGUUGGCCAGCCAUGCCACGAAGUGGCAGAGGAAUAUUCUGCAUUCGGGAAUGGAAUCAGAUAUGGGGACUUUGGUCUAUGGCCGUAAGGUGGAUUUACAAUGUCGGGUGGGCAAUAUCGAGCUCAGCAAUAGAUGGAUUGCCAAAGUUUUUUGCCUGAAGCAGCUUGACGGAGUCUUUAUAAGCAACCUUGUAACGAACCAUGCUCCUCGCAUUCCACAUGAUGAGGCUACCUGGAGGGUAUUUUUAAAAGGCCAUACGGUUGCCACGCUGUAUAAUUAUGUGGAACGCCUGAAAAAAUCAAAGUUAGUAGUGGAGGACAGAGUGAUCGAAGCUCGCACAUCCAACGACAGCACGAGCCAGCUCUUCUGA